AUGGAGCAGAUGGGCGCGGGGCUCUCGGGGCAGCAGCUGCCGUGCGUGCGCACGGGCGUGGCGUUGGAGACGCAGCUGCGGAAGAUUGUGAGUGACACCGACAUACUCGCCAUCGAAACAGGGGUGAGUACUAUGAGCCAAGCACCGCUCGCCACGCUGCCGUUCACCAUGGAGACCGUGUGUGGUGCAGUCAUCAGCCAGGCCACGCUGCUGGCCACGAUGCUGGCCACGAUGCUGGCCACUCGCAAGGGCGCCAAGCUCACGCUCGAGUUGGGCAGUGACGUCAAGACGCUGCCUUUGUGUGGGGAUGCGCCGAGGCUGCAGCAGGUUCUGCGCGGGCUGCUGUGUGCGGCAGUGAGCCACACGCAGGCCAGGGGGCUGGUGACGCUGGAGGUGACUCAAAAGGGGUAA